AUGUCAUAUAGCGCUGAUGGAACAAGAUUGUUUUCGUGUGGCUCAAAUAAAGAAGGGGGGUCAUUUCUAGUUGAAUGGAAUGAAAGUGAAGGAGUUGUGAAGCGUACAUACCAUGGUCUUGGGAAAAGAUCUGUAGGUGUUGUGCAAUUUGAUACCACUAAGAAUAGGUUCUUAGCUGCUGCAGUACAGGAUCCUCAAACUAAUAAAUAUGUAGAUCAACGACCAUCCGACGGGUCUGUUCCACCAAAAAUUCCUCCUGAAUUCCUGACCUUGGUUCACUCUGCAUUAGAAGAUUCGCAUUCAGCCACUAGACUCUCUAACUCCAAACCGCCUUUCACGUUCUCGCCUGACAUCUGUAUUGUCAAUUUUUAUUCUCAAAACGGCCGCCUUGGUUUUCAUCAGGACAAGGCUGAAAGUAAACCGAGUCUCUCUGCAGGGUUGCCCGUGGUGUCAUUCUCUAUUGGAAAUUCUGCAGAGUUUUUGUAUGGUGGAGGAAGGGAUGUUGACAAAGCAAACAAAGUUGUUUUGGAAUCUGGGGAUGUUUUGAUCUUUAGUGGCAAAGCUAGAAAUGUCUUUCACGCCGUUAGUGCUAUUAAGCCAGACAGUGCCCCUAUCAGCUUGAUUACAGAAACUAAUCUCCGGAAUCCUGGACGAUUGAAUCUUACUUUCAUGGCAGUAUUAAGUUAA